AUGGAAACAGAUCGUGUUGAAAACGUCGCUGAAGAAUGGGCUGAGAAUGGGGAAGAAUGGUCGGAAGAUGAGUUCUCGGAUGAUGAAAAAAGUCGAGCUAUGAAAAAGAAGCAUAUGUCCGCCUUUGCUAAAGAACAGCCGAAGAUAAGAUCAGACAUUAUCCCCCAUUUCCCUGAUUUCAAAGCUCAAGAAUUAUACGAGCCAAUUUCCAAGAAACAGAAGGUCGAGGAACACGAAGAAGACGAAUUUCUGGUAACUAGUUUUUACACGGAUCCAGACGAGGAGACAGAAAUCGAGCAAGAUGACGAGACGAUGGAAGAAAAGACCCUCGCUGCUACUCCUGUUGAAGAAAAGAAGCAAGAAACAUCUGUUCCAACUGCAGUAGAGACAGUCGGAAAUGAAAAGAACGUCUCUUAUGUCGUCAAAGAGACUCUUUAUCCCAAAAAUGAGCCCGUCAAAACGCCGAAAGAGACUAUUGUAGUCUCAGAAGAAACGAAUAAAGCCGAACUUGAAGCAAGAAAUAAGACUCAAGAGUCGGUUGGAAGCGAUCCUGGCCUGGUCAUCGACGAAAGCGAUUUCUGCAGUCAGUAG